AGGAAGAUUACAAAGUGAAGUUCUGGUCUUUUAUUUUGGAAGAAUUCUUUGGUAGUUCUUCCGUGACAAUCAAAUGUCGCUUGUGCUUCAAACACAAGAUUAUUAAUCAUAUCCAACUGAAUAACACUAGGUGGGAUACUGUUCCAAACAGCUUUAGAAGCUUGGAUACAGAGCCAAAUUUGGACCUAAGGGUAAUCUCUUCUCCGUCAACAGCACGUCUGGACGAUUUUGACAAGCAAUGCAAGGUAGCAAAGGUGCACCUAGAUAAGUUGAAGCUCGUGCUAGUUGCAAAACAUCAUCUCAACUACUACCACAAGAAGAUGAAAACAGACAAUAUAUUAAUUCCGUUCAUGCUGAUCAUAGGCUUUGACUGCCAACUACUUGGACUACGACUGAUCCAGCCUAAGCUCUACUGCCUUGACAACAUCGGGACAUUUUCUUUUCCUAUCAACAAGAAGCAUAUAAAAGAAGGAGCUAUUGAGGAUAUAGUAAACAUCCUCACAUUUGCAAGAGUAUAUGUUAUAUUUCAAACCGUGCAAGCCAUAGAGUUGAAAAAUAAAAUCAACAAUUUAGAAAGAACCAAGCACAUAAGCAAGCUGGCAAAGGACUUGAGAUCUACCAGUGGAAGAGAUGCCUGGUGUACAGAUGUUAUCUGGCCUUCAGACCAGGUAAUUCCAGGCUUCGCGGGAGAGGAAAAAGCUGAAGACAAUGAAUAG